AUGGUGAAGCUCAAGGAGAGAGGCAAAGGAGGCAGCUUAAGAAAACAGAAGAAAGAUUUCAACAAGGUGACUUGCUACAACUGUAAAGAAACGGGGCACUUCAAAUCUGACUACCCUAAGUUAAAAAAGGAAGAAAAACAGAAGAAAGAAAAGAAAAAGGGACUGAUGGCAUCAUGGGAAGAUCUUGAAAAUGACUCUGAAGAUGAUGAAGAAUCUGAAACAAAGUCUCAACCAUGCCUUAUGGCUGACCACGUUGAGCAGAAGAAAGCCACACCCAGGAAGAGUGGCCAGAAAUCAAAAGGAUUUGCUCUGCACAACACUAAGGAACCUGCAAACCUGGAAUCUUUGGACUUCAAGAACAAAUUCAGCAAGACACACUCUCACUAUGACCCUGCCCGAUUCAACUCCUGUGCUUCAUAUGAAUUCCAUAAAGAAGUCUUGGAAAAGCGUCAUCUCUGUGCAACCUACCUUGUCAACCUGGACUCUCUCACCAGCAAGGGGAUAAAUGUGUCUCCUCUUUUUAAACUGCUUCAAUGGACUCCUCUGCUUUACAUCGAGAAGCCAGUUUACCCAGGUUUAGUUCGAGAGUUCUACGCCAACUUGAGACUUAUUGAUGGUACCAUACAUUCAUACGUGAAGAGAGUUCACAUCACACUUGACACUGCCACCAUUGGGACGGCCUUGGGCUACAAGGAGGAAGGGCCUCUCUCUGGCUUGGAUGGCACUACCCCCACCUACAAAGCUCUCGGACCAACCAAUUCUCUGCUUCACAGAAUUGUAACCCACAUUCUGACUCCUCAAAGCGGCUCUCACAAUAGAGUAACACUCUCUGACUCUCUUAUUAUCUUUGCACUUGUUACAUCUACCCCUAUAUCUUUUGGUUAUCUUAUGAUCCGACAUAUGUGGGAAUCGGUAAAAAGCACCAAAAAGGCAAAUAUGCCCUAUGGUAUGUUCUUAACCAGCAUCUUUGAAUAUUUUAAAGUUGACCUUCUGAAUGAGGCUGUAGAGAACAAAGUGUCAAUGAUCAAGGGAGGUGGAGCGGUUAAGGGAACAAAGGGCAAGAAAUUUGGGGCUUCGGAGAGUGACUAUGAGAGUCGGCCCGAAUCUUCCAAGGCAACUGAAUCCAUUAGGGAAAUUCUCACUGAAUUUUCAAAUAUGUCAGAACUCAUGAUACAAUUCCAUAAAGCAGGACGCAAGUUAGCGUAUGAAAAUGAGAAGGCUUGGGGAAGAUGCAAAGAUAAAGUCAGUUUGAUGCUAGAAAGUCUUGAUGAGGAUCCGGAAAAUGCAAGUGAAGAAGGAGCUGAAGCAUCUGAUUUUCAUCUCUCUGAUGAUUAA